CCACGGCAACGGAACGGAACAAGGCAGGCAGAGGCAGGCAACCAGCUGACCAACCCAACACAAUCGCCAACCCAAAGCCUCUAAACUCAGCUCAGCUCCCAGCAAGGCCUUCACCCAAGUAAAGUAAAGAAUUAUUGCCCAAUCUACCUGGUUUCCAGAAGCCUUCCUCUACCCUGCAGCUGCCUAUAAAUACGCUGCACUCUCCUACCAUCCUCCCUCCCCCUUCCCUCCUCGGCUCACUCGAUCACACAUACCUUCAUCACGAACAAUGGCGUUUGCAUUGCUCAGAUCAAGACUUGUGAUCGGUGCCCUCCUCCUCUGCGUAUUUCUUUCUUCAGAUGUCGGCGUGCCGCGGCGGGCGAUGGCGCUGGGCAUCAACUACGGGCAGGUGGGGAACAACCUGCCGUCGCCGCCGCAGGUGGUGCAGCUGCUGUCGUCGCUGCGCAUCGGCAAGGUGCGCAUCUACGACGUCAACCCGCAGGUGCUGUCGGCGUUCGCCGGAUCGGGAAUCGAGCUCAUCGUCACGGUGCCCGACGACCUGGUUCCGUCCAUGGCCGCCAGCCCGGCGGAGGCGCUGCAGUGGCUCACCGCCAGCGUGCGCCCUUACUUCCCGGCGACGCGCGUGACGGGCAUCGCCGUGGGCAACGAGGUCUUCACGGGCGACGACGAGCAGCUCAAGGCCAGCCUCGUGCCGGCCAUGCGCAACCUGCACGCCGCGCUGGCGCAGCUCGGGAUGGACGCGUACGUGCGCGUGUCCACGGCCAGCUCGCUCGCCGUGCUCGCCACCUCAUACCCACCGUCGCAGGGCGCAUUCACGCAGGAGGCGACCGGCUACAUGGCGCAGCUGCUGCGGUUCUUGGCCGAGACCAACGCGCCCUUCUGGAUCAAUGCCUAUCCGUACUUCGCCUACAAGGAUGAUCCGACAAGGGUGUCCCUAGACUACGCGCUGUCGAACUCAAACCACGUCGGCGCCGUGGACCCCUACACCCGGCUGCAGUACACGAGCAUGCUGUACGCGCAGGUGGACGCGGUGACCUUCGCGGCGGCGCGGCUGGGCUACGGCAACAUCCCGGUGCACGUUUCGGAGACCGGGUGGCCGUCCAAGGGCGACGCCGAUGAGCCGGGCGCCUCCGUGGAGAACGCACGCCAAUACAACAGCAACCUGCUGGCGAGGCAGGUGAGCGGGGAGGGCACGCCGCUGCGGCCGAAGCUGCGGCUGGAGGUGUACCUGUUCGCACUGUUCAACGAGGACAUGAAGCCCGGCCCGACGUCGGAGAGGAACUACGGGUUGUACCAGCCGGACGGGAGGAUGGUGUACAACGUCGGUCUGUCCCAGCAGUCGAGGACGUCGGCGGCGGCACUCUCCCUCGACACGUCGCCAGCCAACAGGAGGGAUGUUAGGAAGGACUUUGCCGGCCUAUGUCUCUUCACAUCUCUGGCCAUCCUGCUUAUCAACCAAGCUUUCCUCUUGUGAUAGCAAAAGCGCCCAAUGGCGGCCAAAUACAAGGUCAGCAAAAUUGCCUAGCUUUUGUGGACCAAAAGCCUCCAAGACCAGAGGGGAGAGGAGAUGCACCAUUCUAAGGAGGCAAAGGAAAAGCAGCUGUAGCCCACAGGAAAAGCUUUGGAGGGGGCGAUGUGGAAGGCACUAUCUUGUGGACGGCCACAGCGUGUAAAAUACAUGGCGACUCCAUUUUGUGACGCACAGACAGGGAGACACUUUAUUCCUUGAUUUCUUACAGAGGAGAAUGAAGAAACAACGGAUUCUGAGAUUUAUGUGAAGAGGAGUUGAUGGAAAAAAGAGCGGUUUGUGUUGC